AUGCAGGACAAUUUAUCUCUGGAUAUAACAGCACCAACCAUUACAAUAUUUGGAAAUACAAUGGACACUACUCCAAUCCAAGUUAGGGUAGGGGACUUUAUUCCCUAUUUAUACAUUCAGCCAUCAGUUGAAAUUUCGGUAGACGCGCUUCAGAGCUUUAUUUUAGGAAAUUUUGCAAAGGCAAAGUGCCUGGGCAUUGAAAAAGUGUACAAACAGAGUAUUUAUGGAUACAGUGAUAAGAAGUCAGUGUUUUACAAAGUAUAUUUCAACAACCCCAGCUCUUUCAGAUCUGCCAAGGCAUUUUUUGAAAACGGCAUAACUUUGGAACAGAAAAAAGUCAAAUUUAAAAUAUUCGAAAGCAACUUCCCGUACAUUUUAAGAUUUAUGAAUGAUCUCAACCUGUCGGGUAUGAGCUAUCUUAGGGUGAGGAAUUAUAAAACAGAGUCUACAGAUCCUUUUGUAAUUUCUACCGAAUCUUCGUUUAUUGAACAGCUACCAUUUGAAGGAGAAUAUAAUAAAAGUUAUACCAUUGAAAAUUUUAAGCUUUGA